ACAUUCGGGGCAAAGAGGAUUCCAAAGAUUUAACUAGAAAUGGCGCAGCAGAGGCCGACACGUAUCCCCACGCCGCAUGUUUGAUCAAGGGGCGCCCCAUGGUCACUAGGUCAAAGGUCAAGGUCACAGUGACAAAAGUCGUAUUCACACAAUGGCUGCCAGUACAACGGACAGCCCAUAUGGGGGGCAUGCAUGUUUUACAAACAGCCCUUGUUGUUAUUAACAUUGGAUUAAAGUUGCCAUUGAGCAUCAGCGUUGGCGGUGUAAUGGAGGAUCUGUACCAAAUAUUGGGAUGUCCUGCCACUGCCAGCCAAGCUGAGUUAAGGAAAUCCUUCCAGGAACUUGCUCUGAAAUAUCAUCCAGACAAAACUCACAUACAGGGUGCAUCAGACAUGUUCGUGAAGGUUAACAGAUCUUGGAAGAUUUUGAGUGAUCCAGCUCUAAGAGAGCGCUAUGAUGUAAAAUGGCGUGAUAGAUGUCUGGCUCAGAUGUACCCCAUUCAGGACAAAAUUGACUUUGACGAUUUUGAGUUGGUGUCCAAGGAAUGCGACAACGUUGAAGGCAUGUGUGAUCUUGCAAGCUGUGAUCUAUCUAAAACAGAUGCUUCCAAUGCAACAUAUAUGAUACAGAACACAACAGAGGAAGAUGGAAGAAGUUCCUUGAAUAAAGACAGUGAUAGCAAUAUGGUGAACCAUGACACCUCAUAUUUGUUCACAUUCCCAUGUAGGUGUGGAGGCAGCUACAUAUUGACUUCUGUCGAUGUCAAGUUAAAAUUUGACAUUGUUUGUUGUGACUCUUGCUCUUUGACUGUUGAAGUGAAUUAUAACGACGAGUCAAAUGAUUGAUUGUUGAUAGAAAAUGUUAGAAGGUGUGCUUUGAAAGACUUUGGACAUUCAAUGUUUUCGAGGCAUAAAACAUUUGUUACUUGAUGAUAAGGCCACCUAAUAUUUGUAGUUUUAUUGCCAUCUGACAUUAUGCUUAUUGUCUAUACUUGUCAACUAAUGAGGCAUUACAACGUCAGUUACGAUUGUUGUUAACAAAAAAAAAUGUGGAUGACAUCUAAGAAAAAAGUUAUGAUAUUUAUUGCUUUUAACAUAUAUUUUUUAGCGAAAAUAUAUUUGUUUUUUAAUUUUUAACAUCUUGAUACAAUAACAUUAAACAUUAAAUAAAACCUUUUCUAUACUUGAUUAUUUGUAGGACUUGCCACAAAAACACUGUUACUGCAAUAUACUGUUGAUGACUAUGUCCAAGCUACCAACUUGCAUUAUUAACGAAUGCGAUAUAAUGUUCUAAGCUUAUUUAUUGCCAUGUUGUGUUGUCAUUAGCCAUUUUAAGCAUAUAAGCCAUACUUUAUUGAUAAUAGUGAACAUACAUGUACUGCUUUUCUAGUACUAUGUUUAUGUAUCUGAUUAUCCCGUUAAAUUGUAAUUGCACAAUUUAACAAAUAAUAAUUCUUGCCACUAUUGACCAUUAAAGUGUUUAAAAAUUUCAUUUACACAAACAAACACUAUUUUUCAUUAGUGACCAGUGAAUUAUCUGACAGUUUUUCGAUUGCGCAAAUCACUUACACAGUGUGCACGCAAAGGGCUCUGUCAAGAUAAAAUUAUAACGGCCAAUAUGAAUUUAUAUUUAGAUUGAGUGCAGAAUGUACACAUUAUUUUCUGAAAACUAGGCAAACUUGAAGUAAAUUCCUGUUAAAACUAAUCAUGCGUUUGCAUGUAUCUAAAUCAUCAGGAUUACUAACUAAAUUUAUAUUUGUCUUAUGUUUAAAAUUGCAUCUUAGCAGACAAUAUCUGGAAAACUAUGUAUGUCUAUAAAGAACAAGUUAACAAGACAUGCCUUGAUUAAUUUGUGAAAGAUGUAAUUGAUUGAAAAGAUUGAAAGCACAUAAAAAGGAACAGCAUUACAAUGUGAAAUAUGUAUGUACACAUGCUACUGUUAACACUUUUAUUUGCAUCCAACUAGCUAAUAACUAUAGAAUCUCAAUUAAAUUCAAUAAAAAAGCAGGAGCCAAGACCCA